AUGGCGGAUCUGCACCCGCGGGCCAAACCCGUGGAUCCAAUGAUGCUCCAUACUAGCACAUACUACCACCGAUAUCAGGCAGGCAUCCCGACCUCGGAGCCCUGGAGACAGCUGUCCUUUCUCCACCGUUCAACAGCCCUGGACCAAUUUGCGCGUCGCCUGGCCGCACACCACCAAGUCCCGGCCUGUGAUUGGCCAGAUCCACUGCUUGGCACACGCAGCACGUCACCAGCCACAGGACCCUUGAACAUGUACCUUAUCGGUACCUUUACACGCCUUCACCGCGGUCGAGGUACCUAUAUGGUACAUCCACACCCUGCUCUCCGCCGCAUCAUCAAAACCAACAUGUAUAGUUACCAACAACAACAACAUCUCCAGACUCCCCGGCUCCAGGCUCCAGGUGUCCAGACUCCUUGCUGCACGAUGCUUUUUACCUCCCCUACCUCCUUUGUAAACGCGCAUAUCCUCCACAACUCCUCCCACUCCUCCUCCUCCUCCAUCUCCUCCAUCUCCGCCCUCAACCAGCAUGUAGCCCAGCAACACCUGGCCGCCGCCGCCGCUGGCUGGCUUUCUCACUCUUCCCUCUUGCUCAACACCGCUGCUUCUCCGCAGGCUGCUCAACCUCCGCUGCCGCGGCUUGUCAUCCUGGUCCUGUCCGCAGUCCUCGAGAUCGUCUGCGUCAGUCUCCCCGGCUAUAUCCUAGCCCGUAUGGGCAGGUUUGAUGCGGAGGCCCAGAAAUUCGUCGCCAAUCUCAAUGUCGCACUGUUUACCCCAUGUCUCGUCUUCACAAAACUCGCCUCCCAAUUAACCGCGGGAAAACUGACAGACCUGGCCAUCAUCCCUUGCAUCUUCGCGGUCCAGACUGCGGUCUCCUAUCUGUGUGCCUCCGUGGUCUCUCGGCUGUUCCGCUUCAACAAGCCCCAGUCCAACUUUGUGGUCGCCAUGGGCGAAGAAAUCGCUGCCGCCCGCAUCCGCAGUUCCGAACCAUAUACUGACGAACCGGACAAUGCCACAACACCUGAAUAUAGCCAGACACUCAUAGACACCACCGAUAGCGAUAAUGUCGAACAUGCCGCGCCCAGCGCUUCAUCGAGCCAAUUCUCCACGCACCAAAUGCCAGAACCCCAGCCCCAACUUGAAGAACAACUGCCAACCCCCCCAAGCUGGCGCUACCCGCUCCAUAAACUCGGCUACCAUGUUAAAUUCACCUCCCGCACCCUGGCAACAGCCCUCCACACCCGAUCCAAAGCCCUCUUCCACCGCCUCCCCCUCCCGGUCCAAAAACUCAUCUGCACCAUCUCCCAUAACCUCGCCCGCUUCCUCUGCGGCCUAUGGUCCUUCAUGAACCCACCGCUCUGGGCCAUGCUAGCCGCCAUAAUCGUCGCCUCCAUCCCGUCCCUCCAACUCGUCUUCUUCAACCCAAGCACCUUCAUCAACAACUCCGUCACCCGCGCCAUCCAGCAGAGCGGCAACGUCGCCGUGCCCUUGAUCCUCGUCGUACUCGGCGCUAACCUCGCCCGCAAUACCCUCCCCGACCCCACCACCACCACCAUCACAUGCAGCGCGCCCGACCUCUACCAGCGCGAGGAGCGCAACCUCAUCGUAGCCUCCCUGCUCGCGCGCAUGUUGCUGCCCACCUUGAUCAUGGGCCCCCUGCUCGCGCUGGCCGCCAAAUUCGUCUCCGUCAGCAUCCUGGACGACCCCAUCUUCGUGGUCGUGUGCUUCCUGCUCGCUGGCGCGCCGUCCGCGUUGCAGCUGGCGCAGAUCUGCCAGCUGAACAACGUGUACAUGGGCGCGAUGGCCCGGCUGCUGUUCCAGAGCUAUGUUGUCUGGAUCCUCCCCUCCACCCUCCUCCUCGUCAUCCUUGCGCUCAAGGUCGUCCAGUGGGCGACGGCCGCGUGA